AUGUGACACAUGAUGACAUUUGACAGAGUUUUGAAAUGUGAAUAACAAUAAUUUAUAAUAAAUUAUAAUAUAAAAAAUGAAUAAGUUUGCAAGAAUUUUAUACAAUACCAACUUAUUGUACAAACUAAGAACUUGUGUGGUUCCUAAAAACUUUGUUUUUUUACAAUGUCAUAACGUACAUAGCCUACAUAAAAAGAUUUUAGUUACACAUAACCUACAAACUAGUAAAAGACUAAUAAAAUCAGAAGCGAAAACAGUAUUAGCAAUAAGUUUAUUGACCUGGUUAGGAUUCGUAGAAGAUGAUAAAGAUAAAGAAUCAGAAUUAAUAAUGACUUUAAAGAGGGCUGUGCUUUGUAUGCAAAGAGAUCAACAUGAAAAAGCUGAGCAAAUGUUGCAUUUAGCUUUAAGGAUAGCUCAGCAACAACAACAUGAACAGGGUGUUCUCUACUGCUUCGAUCUGAUGGCGAACUUAGCGUUUGAACAACACGAAUUAGAUAAAGCUCACAAAUUAUUUGUACAUGUUUUACAAAUGCUUUUAGCUAAGGGAACUGCACAAGAUGAUAUUAAGGUUAUCCAUAUUAGUUUAAAAUUAGCCAGAAUUUAUCAACUCACAGCAGAGCUAGAACAAGCUGAGAUUGGAUAUUCAUGGUGUCUUGAACAAAUUAAUAAAAGUAAAAAAACAGAUGAUAAAGAUGCUAAAAUUCUUUAUGGUGUUAUCAAUGAUUGGUAUGCUCAAUUUUUAUUAGACAAGAAUGAAGUAAGUAAAGCAAUGUUCCAUCUAAAAGAAGCAUAUAAAAUCUGUAAAGAAAUUAACACAGAUGACACUGAAAAAACAGUUUUAUUACUAAAUGAUUUGGGAACCACAUCAUUUAGAGCUGAUGAUAUGAUUAAUGCUGAAAUUUAUUUAAAAGAAGCAGUUGACAUAGGAAAAAGGAUGGAAGAUAAAUCACAUCUAGGAGUUGUUCAUGCAAAUCUUGGACUGAUAUUAUUAGAGAAAGGAAUUACUGAUGAGGCUAAAAAGUUUUGCAGUGAAGCUUGGCGUUUAGGAAAGAAGUAUGAAAACAGCGAAUCAGUGAACCAAGCUAAUUAUUGUCUCGAUCAAAUAAAGCUGAAUUUAAAUAAGUAAAUGGGUAUGCAAUAUUCUAAAAAAUUGAAGUUGCUAAGAGUAUUUGAGAUAUUUUUUAAUAUCUGGUUUAAAAAAUGGCCAUAUCUAGUCUAUUUUAUAUUAAAUAUGUAUUUUAAAAUUGUUGAUGUAAUUUUUAAAAUAGAAUAUUUUAUUGUUAACAA